CUCCCUCAAACCUCACUCUCCCUAUCUUAAACACCAGUCCCUGAAGGUCCCUCGAAACGUCGCUCUCUCGCCAACGUCCAUUCUGUGCAGUGGAGCUCGCAUAGUGAGGUCGCCCCUGCCGUGACCUGUCUGCCAUCUCGAAGAAGUGUUAUCUGCUGUGCGCCUUAGGUCAUCGUACCGGAAAAUGAGUGACAUGUUAACAACAUUUACGAAGAAGAAAGAGGUGGAUACCAUCAUCAGAGACACCUUUGAUAAAGUUGUGGUCCUCCGCUUUGGUCGUGCCUCUGACCUUGUCUGUCUCCAGCAAGAUCACAUUCUUUCUAAAGCAGCAAGGGAUGUGUCCAAGUUUGCCACUGUGGCACUGGUUGAUGUUGACUCUGAGGAGAUUCAAGUCUAUCUCAAGUAUUUUGACAUCACUUUGAUACCAUCUACAGUGUUCUUUUUCAAUGCUCAUCACAUGAAAAUGGAUUAUGGGACUGCUGAUCAUACUAAAUGGAUUGGUGCUUUUUACGCAAAGCAAGACUUCGUAGAUGUUGUAGAGGCAAUAUUUAGAGGAGCGAUGAAGGGAAAGCUUAUUGUGAAUUGUCCUCUCCCGCCAGAAAGUAUACCAAAAUUUCAGAUACUAUACAAGGAUGUCUGAAAAUUGAACUCAACCCUUUACUGCUUUUUUUUUUUCUUUUUCAUAGGGAUAGUUUGUAAAUACACCAAUGGUCACUGUUCUGUUUUCUUGUCUUUCUCCUUUUUGCUUAGCAUGCACUGACCCGUAAGCUUGUGUCUAUUGAAUUUUUUCUCACUGUUGAUUCAUGAAAUAAAAGUCGGUUGGUUCUCUACCUGUAAUUGUUCGAUUAUA